CGUACAUUUCCCUCCAAACACUGCCCUUGGUUUCCUCUGCGAGGUGAAAUACUCUCCAGUUGAGUUGGUGUCGGUUGUGUUUGAAGCAAGGCACUUUAACUCCUGUCUUUAAAGAUGGGGCUUCUCCCCGAAGAAGCAAAGGUGCUCCCUCCACCUGGGAUUGCGAACAGAAAUUCAGUUUGGCUCGGCAUGACUGGUUUGUUGACAUCAAUGCUGCACAACACUCUGAACCGAAGGCCUGCCCUGGUGUCCGGUCUCCAUCGGCACACCCUGCUUGCAACGGUGGGGUGGUUUGUUGGCUAUCACGUCACCAAAAUUGUGAAUUACAAGCAAGCCAAACUGGACCGGGACAUGAUGUCAUAUAUCCGAUCCCACCCUGAAGAAUUUCCUGAAAAAGAGAGGAGGACAUAUGCUGAGAUUGUGGAGCCUUUUCAUGCAAUUCGUUGAUGCAUCCAAGAAUGCAAGUGUAGACGUUCCACGGAUGGGUGUAGUCUACUGUUGUGUGAUACACUGCUUCUAAUACAAUGUAUUAUAUUAUACGUCAUAUAAAGAAUAAAUAUUGUUGUCCAUA